UCAUAAAAGUCCAAGGUAAAAGCUGGCCUCCAUUCCACUUCUACACUGUGAGAAAAGAGAGAAGAAAAAUAAAAAGGAGAAAGAUUUGGAAAUUAAGGAAGAAACUGGAGAGUAGCUAGUAAUGCCUUCUCAUUCUGGAGAUGACAAUGUUCUUCAAGUUCUCAUCAAGAACUUCGAUGUUCUUGCUCUCCCAUUGGUCGCUCUCGUCUACCCUCUGUAUGCAUCAGUGAAAGCAAUAGAGACAAAAUCAUUAGCAGAAGACGAGCAAUGGCUCACAUACUGGGUUCUCUACGCAAUCAUCUCCCUCUUCGAACUCAUUUUCUCCAAACUUCUCGAAUUGUUUCCGAUAUGGCCGUUCUUGAAGCUGGUGGGGAUAUGCUGGCUAGUGCUGCCACAGUUUAACGGAGCAGAACAUGUCUACAGACAUUUCAUCAGGCCAUUCUACAUGAACCCUCAAAGAGCUUCCACCAAUAUUUGGUACGUUCCUCAGAAGAAGCUCAACUUCUUUCCGAAACGUGACGACGACGAUAUCCUCACUGCUGCUGAGAAGUACAUGGAGAAACACGGCACCGACGCAUUUGAACGAAUGAUCGUCAGGAAGGAUAGUUAUGAAAGAGGGAGGAGAGGAGGAGGAGGAGGAGGAGGAGGAAGCAAUAACUACAUGAUCUUUGAUGAUGAUUAUAGGUACUAAGUUUACCAUGUUUCCUGUGGUUUUGAUCGGUCACUGAUCUGCUCUUAAACCUGUUUGGCUACAUUAUUCAGUUUGUAAGCUGGGCUGUGUGACUUUUGUUUAUCUCUAUGACUUAAAUAAUUGUCAGGAUUAUGUCUAAGCUUCAUCCUUAUGUAGAGAUAUGUGUCGCAUGUUUUGUGUGAGUAAUAGAAUAUCAUAUGCCAUUUUAUAUCUA